AUGAUUAAAGGUUACUCAUAUAGACUACUUGACAUUGCUAACAAGGUUAGAUUGUUGGGCACUAAAUUUGCAGAUUCCAGAAUUGUUGAGAAAAUUAUGGUUACGAUACCAUUGAGAUAUGAAACAUCAAUAACCACUUUAGAGAACACAAAUGAUUUGUCUAAGAUCACUUUGUCAGAAGUAUUGCAUGAUUUGCAAGCCCAUGAGCAACAAAGGCUUAUGAGGCAAGAUCAUAUUGUUGAAGGAGCUUUACUAGCCAAGCAACAAAAUAUGUCCAAAUCCAAGAAAAACAAGGAUUUUGAUGCAAUUAGAGCGAGUUCAACAUCAACUAGUGCAAAAGGAAAUUGA